AAACCAGAGAGGAAGAGGAACGACCGGGCUUGCACGUUUCCAAUGGCAUUACGUGAACAAAUAAGAGAAUCCGUCUGCCAGAAUGGGCUUGUGUAACUUUGCAAAUGUGCCAGAAACUUUGAAAUCCCUCAUCUCCUCCCCCUUUCCGCCCUUCCUCCAAUUCUCUCCCUCUCUCCCACUGCUUCAUUCCAGACUUCAGCGAAAGCGAGGACGAGGCGAAGGCUGCUCCUCCUCCCCAAUCCCAUCUCGCUGCAAAAGAAAGCACUGGGAGGAAAAGAAAGAGAACGAGGUGGGCUCGCUCGCUUUGCGCAAAAUAAGUCGGAGGUCUGCAGCUGGGAAAGGAGAAGAGGAAAGCCGCCAACUGCUCCUUUUGACCUAACAGAAUAAGAGUGUUGGGAGGGACCUUGGAGCGCGCUCCCCUUCCCUAGUCCUGCAGUGUCGUCGAGUGGAGUUCCCGCUCGCUUGUGAGAGACCCACGCCGUCGCCAUGCGCCUCCAUUCCCGGACUCCGCUUCUCCUGGGCCUUGCCCAGCUGCAAGCGUGUUUCUAUUGGAGUUGCCUGCUGUGGCUGCCGGCGGACGGGAUGCCACCGAGGAAUCCGCCGCCCCCUCCUCCCGCCGUCUGGAGGCAGCGGAUUCAAUGGGAGAACAACGGGCAGGUGUACAGCCUCCUCAGCGUCGGCUCCCAGUAUCAACCCGCGCGUCGUAGGGUCAGCCAGGAGCCCGCGCAAGGCGGCCACGUUUUGCUCCUCAGGGGCAACGACACUUCUCCUCGCAGGGCGCCGGGAAGCGCCGCAGGCAGAGGCGCCACUGCCACCCGAAAACCGGAGGCGCAGUACUGGUUCCAAGCCGGCUACGAGCAACCGUCCGACAGAAAUGGCACGGACGGGGGCCGAGACGGAGCGCAAGGGAGCCCCGCGGAGCGCGCCCCCGCCAGGACGGGCAAUGAGACUGGCUUUACUCUAAGCAAUCUCCGGCAGCCGCCCCGCGGAGACGUCAUGGUGGGGGACGACCCGUACAACCCGUACAAGUACACGGACGACAACCCUUAUUAUAACUACCAUGAUACCUAUGAGCAGCCCCGACAGAGAGGCCGCUACCGACCGGGGUACGGCACCGGCUAUUUUCAAUACGGGUUGCCAGAUUUAGUGCCAGAUCCUUAUUACAUUCAAGCAGCCACUUAUGUCCAAAAGACGUCUAUGUACAACCUGAGGUGUGCUGCUGAAGAGAAUUGUCUAGCUAGCUCAGCUUACAGAUCAGAUGUUAGAGACUAUGAUAACCGAGUACUUCUGAGAUUUCCACAGAGAGUGAAAAAUCAAGGUACAUCAGAUUUCUUACCAAGCCGACCACGAUACUCAUGGGAAUGGCACAGCUGUCAUCAACAUUACCAUAGCAUGGAUGAAUUCAGUCAUUAUGACUUACUUGAAGCAAGCUCACACAGUAGAGUAGCUGAAGGACACAAAGCAAGUUUUUGUCUUGAAGACACUUCUUGUGACUAUGGAUACUAUAGGCGAUUUGCAUGUACAGCCCAUACACAGGGGCUGAGUCCUGGUUGUUACGAUACCUACAAUGCUGAUAUAGACUGCCAGUGGAUUGAUAUUACAGAUGUUAAACCUGGAAAUUACAUUUUAAAGGUUAGUGUCAACCCUAGUUACUUGGUACCGGAAUCAGACUAUUCCAACAACAUUGUACGUUGUGAUAUCCGUUACACAGGCCAUCAUGCAUAUGCCUCUGGAUGUACAAUCUCCCCAUAUUAGGAUGAAAGAAAAUUGGUUUACUGAUACCCAAGGUUUGGAGAUGCAUUUAUUUUAUAAACUGAAUAGGAUGUAAACACUUUUGAAAAAUGAGAAGAAGGACCAGAAAAUAUAUUCAAAGAAUUUUAAUCUGACUCUGAAGCAUUAAGAACUUCUUCAAAAUGAAAUGCUUGUUUGAUUCAGCUAUUCAGCUUUUGAAGCCAGUGAGACAAUGGUACUCUAUAGAAAGAAUAAUGAAUUCUAAAGGAAGUUAACCUACUUAUAUAAAUAUCUUUUCCAUUGACUACUGGAAAUCAGUAUAUUUGAAAGUGCUUCUUAGAAAUAUAAAGGGUGCUAGCAUAAGCAGAUAUCCAAAGAGCUGCUUUCAAUUUCAUUGGAUGGUUGAGGCAUGUCUAAUGGGAGUUUAAACAUUUAUGUUUAAAUAACAGUAGGCCCAUUGCUACAUAGUAUCAUGAAAAUCUUCUAAAAUCUUUUUGCAAUAUUUUUUGUUACCAACAGCCAAUGGUACUAGUGUCCAAAUCCUCUGGGAUUAUAGAGUAAUUUCAUAAUUCUUUGAUAUGCAGUCGUAUAAUACUGAUUGUGAAAAGUAUAGGAAGGAACUCUAGUUGUGGAACAAAUUGGUAGGGAAGAUGAAGCUUCCACAAAUACCAAAGCUUUGUUUUUUUGUCUAAUAGAUACAAAAGUAGGCUUCAUUUUAAAGGAAAGAUUUAUGCUUAAAAUCCGAUUACAUAUAAAAUGAUUCUAUUUUUAAAGCAUUAGCAGGCAAAUAAUCUUAAACCAAAAAGUAUAUCAGUAUUUUAAUACAUUACUUAGAAUAUUAAAACACCAGAUUUGCCUAUUUCCAGUGCUUCUUGCAGUCUGCUUUGCAUUUUCUCUCCCCCCACCUUCCCUCAACUGGAAAGAGUUUCAAUUACAGAUGUUGGAAAGAUUUUGAAUUACAGAUGUUUAGAAACCACUUCCCAUGAAUUGGACUUGGAUAACAGAUUGAAAAUGAUAUAUUUUUACCAGAAAAAAAAAAAGACUGAGCUCAUAAGCUUUAUGUUAUGCUUUAUGUUGUGUUCCAUUAUAAAAUCUACAGUUUCUAGCUACAUAAAAAAACAAACAAACAAAAAAAAAACCCAUUCAGGUGAAGUCAUAAAAUGAGCCUUACCCAGAUUUGUCUCUGUACCUCAUGAACAUAUAAGAAAAUGUUCUUCUAAAAUAUUUGUUUAGAAAAUCAAAAUGAAUUAUUUUAUAUAUACGUGAAAGCACGGAUGUGCUCAUAUGAACAUAUACUCAAGCCUGUAAGUACCUGCAUCAGUCAGGUAUUAUACAAUCUUGGAAAUAAAGUUGUAGUUCAAAUUUCUACUUAGGAUAUUACAUAGAGCAAACCAAAUUUGAACCACGGUUAAUUGUACUAAGGAAUAGUAGUUCAACUACUAUUGAGAGAUUGAAAUUUUUCCUCAAAAUGGGUAUAUAAAUCCUCGUUCACUGAAUCAUCUUGACAUAGAAUUCUUAAAUUGCGAUAUACAUGCUAUUAUAUGACAUGUAACAUUUGGAAUAUAUGAAAUAAUUUUUUGUGGAAAGAUUUUAUAGUUUGAAUCCCAAACAUUUGGGUGUUUUUUAACUCAUUGUCCAGUUUCUGUGACGAGAUUCCAUUCUAGAGCAAAUUUCCCUAAAUCUGCUCUGGAACACCUAUGACUGCAUUGUAAAAAAUUAGCAAUUUACCGUCAUCCAAUGAGCACUAUAAUUUGUUCCAUCCAUUUAGAUUAAGCAUUUAUUCUAUCAUUCAAGCAACAUGCCCACAAGUCUGGACAAAAUCACAGGACUGGAUCCUUCCUAUCAGUAGUGGGUUUCAAAUUUUUUUUACUACUGGUUCUGUGGGUGUGGCAUGGCUUGGUGGGCAUGGCAGGGGAAAGAUACUGUAAAAUCUCCAUUCCCACCCCCCUCCAGGGGAAAGAUACUGUAAAAUCUCCAUUCGGCUCCAUGAGCUGAGCUGGCACAGUGGUUAGAGUGCAGUACUGCAGCUACUUCAGCUGACUGCUAGUUCAGCAGAUCAGCGGAUCAAAUCUCAUCGGCUCAAGGUUGACUCAGCCUUCCAUCCUUCCGAGGUGGGUAAAAUGAGGACCCAGAUUGUUGGGGGCAAUAUGCUAUUUAGUGUCUUUGGUGUAAGCCGCCAAGAAUCCUCGGAGAGUGGGCGGCAUAGAAAUAUGAAUAAUAAAAAUAAAUAAAAUAUAAAUUCCCACCCCAAUCCAGAGGAAGGUUACUGCAAAAUCCCCAUUUCCUCCCAAUCAGCUGGGACUUCGGAGACAGAGAAUAGAUGGGGGCGGGACCAGUCAGAAUUUUUAGUACCGUUCUCUGAACUACUCAAAAUUUCCACUAUCGGUUCUCCAGAACUGGUCAGAACCUGCUGAAACCCACCUCUGCUUCCUAUCCACUUGUCAAGGCCGCCUCAUCUUUUUGAUAGAUGUUGAACUGCCAGUCCUGAUCAUAUUCUCAACCAUACAUAAACAUAUGUUGCACUAUUAUGUCAACCACUUGAAUACCUAAACUCGUUUUUAAAAAAAACCCAGACUUUUGUAGCAAGGAACUGUAACUGGUAUUGUGACACUAGUAACUACUUAGAGGACACUCCCUCAGGAAAGUUGCUGAUCUUCUCUCUAGUAAAGUAAAAGAUAGUUGGCCUGACAAUUGAGUAACUUUGCCAUAUAGGAUCACAAUGUAUAAGAUGCAUUUUUCUUAUGAUAAAACCAUAUUUUCAUGUCUAAACAUAGAGUAUCUGUUAUUUAUUAUGUGAACAGAAGGUCUGUGUAGAAUCCAGAAAAAGGCCUGAAUAGAAAAGGAUACUAUUUUGUGAAGGAUGGGAUGCUGUCAUUUAAGAAUUUUUGUUGACCCUAAAUCAUUUUUCUUAUCAACUUGGCCACUCAACUGGAAGAAACGUUGAAUGUGGCAAAGGUCACAGGAGUGUUCCACAUUGUGAGGUUGACCCAUCUAUGUGACUCACUAAAAACAAAAUCUUUGCUGUGCCAAAUACUUCAUAAUGCACUACAUUAAAAUAUUUUUUUUAAAUGACAAACUAAUAAUGGAAAUUUCUAUACAUUCCUAUCAUUUCAAGCUGGAUAUAACUGAGGUUUUAUACUCAUUUCAUUAAAAGUGGUCUAUCCUGUGAUUUUCAACACAUUUUCACACUCUACAAAUUACAAAGGUGCUUAUGUAUUUAACUUGAACUGAAAAAAGUAAAUCUUAUUUUCCCAAAAACUUUAAAAUCUAAACAUCUUUCUAUGAAGUAAUUUAUAAUUAAUCAUACACUAACAUUGUAUUCUUCACAGAACUUCCAUAUUCUUGUACUGUUUGCAAAUUUAUGUGAAAAUGACAAAUAAAAAUGUUUCAAAUGCU